CGCACCUUACAGUUCUUCAGUCUUUCGUAGCUUCUCCCACCUUCUCCGUAAUGGAGCCAAAGCAAGCGACAGAGUGAUCGAGAAAAAGAAUGCAAAGGCAAGAGAGAUUACAGAUGAGAUAAUCGGCUUUAACCGUAUUCAAUGUAAUUCUCCUCCUCCUCCAUCAACGCCCCGGCAUAACCUUCCUCGCAUUUAAUUUGAAUCAAAAUUUGUGAGCACAGUUGAAUUUCUCGGCCGUUUCUCUUUCUCCUCCUCGUCAUCUGUUGUUUGAUUCUCGUUGAUCUAUGGAAGACGAGGCGCUGGCAGUCUAGCAGUGGUUUCCUGCUCACUGUCAUCUAGUGAAGGCGGUAAGCGUAAGAGAAGCACCGAUCGGUUCCGAUCAUGGCCGUCGUGGAGAACGCUGACGGUUCUGAUAUAGGGAUGAGACUAGAGUCCUCUUUGACUCGCGACAUCGAUGGCGGCGGUGCAAAGGAGCACGAAAGCCGCCUUGUGACGUCGGCGGCUUCGCUGCAGAAGGGUCAUUUGGGAGCAGCGAGGUUAGCUGGCUCAUUUCUGCGUCCUUACCAGGACUCCUCUUUCUCGGGCUUCGAGAUUAAGGCUUUUCAACCCCGGCAACAGUGGGUUGGGCAUGCAGCGGCCGUCCAGUUGCGUAACGGUGGACGAAGGGGUAAUGAGGAAGGAUUUAAGAGGGACAUGAGAGAUCUGGAGGAGUUGCUGUCAAAGCUUAACCCGAUGGCUGAGGAGUUUGUGCCGCAGUCGCAUGUGAACCAUGGAGCUGGGGUUUUAUGGAGCGGCGGGGGCGGCAUCGACGCAGGCUUUUAUUCUAGCAGCUUCGGGCUACCUGUUGUUUAUCCAAAGGCGGCUCAUGCUAAUGACGGUUAUCCUAAUGGUAGCAGUGCCAAUGGUGAUAGGCGGAGGAAGACUGGUCACAGCCAAGGAAGGAGGCGAAUGAACAGCCGAACAAGUAUGGCUCAACAAGAAGAGAUAAUUAGAAGAACAGUCUACGUGUCUGACAUUGAUCAGCAGGUAACUGAAGAAGAGCUUGCAGCACUCUUUGUGAAUUGUGGACAGGUUGUUGAUUGUCGUAUAUGUGGUGAUCCAAACUCUGUUCUUCGAUUUGCUUUUGUAGAGUUUACUGAUGAAGAAGGUGCAAAUGCUGCCUUAAGUGUAUCAAGGACAUUGCUUGGGUUUUACCCCGUUAGAGUGCUCCCUUCAAAAACUGCAAUCGCACCUGUUGACCCAAAAUUCUUGCCAAGGUCUGAAGAUGAGCGUGAAAUGUGCACAAGGACCAUCUAUUGUACAAAUAUUGAUAAUAAGGUCAACCAAUCUGAGCUCAAACUUUUCUUUGAAAGAUCAUGUGGACCGGUGUAUCGCAUGAGGCUUCUUGGAGACUAUCAUCAUGCCACUCGCAUAGCAUUUAUUGAAUUUGCUAGGGCCGAGAGUGCAAUUGCUGCACUAAACUGUAGUGGCGCUAGAUUGGGGUCCUUGCUAAUAAGGGUGAGUCCUUCAAAGACUCCAGUGCGCCCUCGGGCAACUCGGACGUGAUGCAUAUAAAAGGUACUAGAUAGUUCUUCUAUUGCUUGUUUGGAUUUGAUUUGGUUUCUUUUGAUGUAUCUUAACAUAUCGGGAGGGUUUUCUUUUCAUUGGCAUGUCGAGUUUUGGUUGAAAUCUCAGAAAUUUAUCACAAACUGAUGUUUGAUUAGAUAGCUAUUGUCAAGCUUUUUGAGAUUUUUAGAUUUUUUUAUUGAACUUAUUCUAAGGUUUUCUUAUUGGUAAUAUACUAUUUAUGCAUUUUGGCCAAAUAGAUUACAAGUUGGGCUGCUA